AUGCACUGUGCACAGGAUGCUUGUCGUCAGCAGUCCGAUGAGGAGACAGCUCUCCUGGCGUCACCGGAGCGGAAGGUGCUGAAGGCCCCGACGCCGCUGCCGCGCCUGCAGAUAUUCGUUCUGCUGCUCAUGCAGCUCGCCGAGCCCAUCACAUCGCAGUGUAUAUAUCCGUUCAUCAACCAAUUAGUCAGCGAACUCGAUAUCACGGGCGGAGACGAGAAAAAGGUCGGGUACUACGCAGGCAUGAUCGAGUCCCUGUUCUUUGUAACAGAGGCAAUGUUCAUCAUGCAGUGGGCCCGGAUAUCUGACCGCAUUGGUCGCAAACCCGUUCUGCUCACGGGAGUCGGAGGCCUCUGCAUAUCCAUGCUAUUCUUUGGUAUCUCCAAAACGUUUACCGGUCUCGUGAUCAGCCGUUGCUUGGUCGGAAUGCUCAAUGGCAAUACCGGCGUCAUAAAAAGCAUGAUUGCAGACCUUACCGACGCGUCGAAUAUGGCUCAAGGCUUCGCUAUGAUGCCUGUUAUGUGGUCCGUAGGGGGCACCAUUGGACCCAUCAUCGGAGGCCAGCUAGCGCGGCCUCACGAUCGGUGGCCGGACAUCUUUUCAAACCCAUUUUGGCGGUACUAUCCUUAUUUCCUUCCAUGCGCCGCAUCGGCGCUUUUCUCCGCAGUGAUCUUCGUGGUCACUGCGGCUCUCUUGCGUGAGACCGUUCCGAAACAGCCUGUACGCAAGAAGAUAGUCCGGUUCGCCUCUGACGAUACUCUCGUCAAUCAUGAACCUUCUGAUUCUCCCGCGAAUGUUCCCAUCCGCGCGCUGCUCACGAAACCCGUGGUAUGGUCGGUGCUCAAUUACGCGGCCUUGGCUUUGCUAGAGAUCUCCUACCGCGCCAUUCAGCCCCUGUUUUUCUCGACACCGAUCGAGCUCGGAGGCCUCGGUCUCCCUCCGUCGACUAUCGGCACCAUCCUUGGUUGCUUCGGGAUCAUGGACGGCAUAUUCCAAGCGCUCUUUUUUGCGAAGUUCGUUGACCACUUCGGCCCCAAGCGCGUCUUUUACGUGGGCAUGUUCAUGUUCAUCCCUCUCUGGUGCUUGUACCCGAUCAUGAGCAUCCUGGCGAAGGCGGGAGGGAUCACAACCGCUGUCUGGCUUCUCGUCUUCACCCAACUCGCGCUUUGCGUGAUCAUGGAUAUGGCUUACGGCUGCACCUUUAUAUUUGUUACAGGAGCCGCGCCCAAUAAGCAAUCGCUGGGGGCCACUAACGGCAUCGCACAGUUGGCCGCUUCCAUUGUGCGCGCGAUCGGCCCUGCGGGCGCGACAUCACUCUUCGCGCUGUCCCUCGAUUGCAAUUGGGUCGGCGGAUAUGGCGUGUACGCUAUUUUCGUCGUGCUCUCUUGCGCGCUGUUGUUUGUGGGCAUCCCACUGCCUCGCCGGGGAUGGACAGUGUGCGAGAGCUGGUGA